CCCCUCCUCCUCCCUCUUCUCUCUCCUCCUCCUCCCCUUUCUCUCCUCCUCGCCCCCCUGAAAACCUGUGGCUUGGAGAGACCUUGGCUUCUCUGGGACUCUACUCCUGGGGACUGCCCACAUCUGCUCCUGAGCUUGGGGGCAGGGGGGCAACCGCCUGAGGAACCUCUCCAGCGAUGGGAGCCGCCCGCCUGCUGCCCAACCUCACUCUGUGCUUCCAGCUGCUGAUUCUCUGCUGUCAAACUCAGUACGUGAGGGACCAGGGUGCCAUGACUGACCAGCUGAGCAGGCGGCAGAUCCGCGAGUACCAGCUCUACAGCCGGACCAGCGGCAAGCACGUGCAGGUCACCGGGCGUCGCAUCUCCGCCACCGCUGAGGACGGCAACAAGUUUGCCAAGCUCAUAGUGGAGACCGACACGUUUGGCAGCCGGGUUCGCAUCAAAGGGGCUGAGAGCGAGAAGUACAUCUGUAUGAACAAGAGGGGCAAGCUCAUCGGGAAGCCCAGCGGGAAGAGCAAAGAUUGCGUGUUCACGGAGAUCGUGCUAGAGAACAACUACACGGCCUUCCAGAACGCCCGGCACGAGGGCUGGUUCAUGGCCUUCACGCGGCAGGGGCGGCCCCGCCAGGCCUCCCGCAGCCGCCAAAACCAGCGCGAGGCCCACUUCAUCAAGCGCCUCUACCAGGGCCAGCUGCCCUUCCCCAACCACGCCGACAAGCAGAAGCAAUUCGAGUUUGUGGGCUCCGCCCCCACGCGCCGGACCAAGCGCACGCGGAGGCCCCAGCCCCUCACGUAGUCAGGGAGGCAAGGGGCAACACCCUUGGGCCGCCUUCCCGUCCCCUUCCCUUCUUAAUCCAAGGACUGGGCUGGGUGGCGGGAGGGCCGAGAAGCAGCCAGCGCACCCCCCGCUAGGAAGGGGCAGGCGGGUGCCCCAGGGGCGGCUGGCACAGUGGCCCGGGUGGCAGGCCCUGGAGAGGAACUGAGUGUCACCCUGAUCUCAGCCGCCAGCCUCCCAGCCGGGCUCCUGAAAGGCCGGGGCCUCGAGACCUUGCAGACACCGUCUGGAGGUGGCUGUCCUCAAAAUCUGCUCCCUCAGUCUGCCCCCAGCCCCCAAACUCAUCCCGGCCGCACUGUAGGAAGGGACUUUUUUUGUUUGUUUCAGGAAAAAAGAGGGGGAGAGAAAGAGAAUAGAGGGUUGGCCACUCCUCACAUUCCGCGACCCAGGCCUGCACCCCACCCCCAACUCCCAUCCCCAGAAUAAAACCAUUUUCCUGCAAACGGGUUAUCUGAAGCGGGGUGGGGGAUCCAACCACCGGGCACCCCUGGAAACCAGCCUGUCCGUCCCGGCCAGGCGUGGCC